AUGAACACAAACACAAACUCAGCUGCCACUGCGACAAAGACUCCCCGUCGUCGCUCAACCCUGACCGUCCUUCUCAUACCUCUGGCAAUCGCCUUCCUCCUGGUCCUCGCGCUGGUCUGUCCCCAGGUCGCUGCUGCGCCCAUUGAUUCGACUGCGGAUUCCGGCGCUGAGAACGUGGGUUGCCUCAAGUCUGACGUCCUUAGCUGCUCGCGUGUUAUAAGACGGUUCAUCAAGGACCCCAAGCCCUCCCUGGAUCUCAUCAUCAUCACAGGGGAAUCCCUGAAGGAACAUCAGCCCAUCGAACCUAUUGACGAACCCACCGAUAGGUCGACCAAAUAA